AUGGACAAGCGGUCCGCAGAGAGUCCCAUGGACUUUGAAUGGCAGACACGAGCCCCCGGGGACGUGACCUCGCCGUUUUACCAGCUCGGCAUGCAGCAUGACAACAAGAAGCGUACACACAGUGUAUUUGAUUCACCAGAGAAGAAACCGUUACCCGCCUUGCGCGAGCCGAACUCACAGCCCUUCCUGUUCUCGCAACCGCGGGCCCAGCGCGCGCCAGACUCCCCCAGAGCAGUCUUCGGCCAACCAGCAUUCACGACCCCUCGAAAAUUCGACGUGGAUUUCUCAUCAGGCGCCGAAAACAUGUCGUCUCCCGAGAAUGCGGACAAUGAGGAUACCCCCGAGCAGCCAAUGAAGUCAGGGAAACGGAAUUCACUCUUCAACCUCUAUGGCCGAUUUGCGCCAGGCCGAGGUGAAAUCCCGCGAGUGAAUCACUAUUCAAAUGCACUUGCGCGCCGAGUACAGAAAAGAAGGCGACGAGAUCGGGAGCUCGACCGGAAGAUUCGGACAGACAGCGAUUACGAGAGUGACCGGCCCAGCAGCAGCGAAAGGAAAAGAGAGAAGCCUGUGAAACAAGCACAGAGCCAAGGCGCAGGUCAAUCGCGCAUGUCCUCAUUUUCAGAUUUCUUCGCUCUCCUUGAGGCACAUCCCAAUGUCCCCAGCAUCCUGUCAUGGUGGGCUCAGCUGGUAGUGAACCUGUCACUGUUCUCCCUCGCCGUGUAUGUGGUCUUCGGGUUUGUGUCGGCGAUUCGCUCCGAGUUUGAGCAGGCGGCAGAGGAGGUAUCGGAUACGAUUCUGGCCGAGAUGGCAACUUGCGCCAGAAGUUAUGUGGACAAUAAAUGUGGAGGAGGUGACCGAUUACCCGCACUAGAAACCGUGUGUGAGAACUGGGAGCGAUGCAUGAAUCGCGAUCCCGCCAAAGUCGGGCGAGCCAAGGUGUCGGCGCAUACUAUGGCUAUCAUCAUCAACAGUUUCAUCGAUCCAAUCAGUUGGAAAGCGAUUCUGUUUUUUCUGGCGACCAUUUCGACUGUGACUGUCGUCAGCAAUUGGUCCUUCCGCUCAUUUCGAAGCCGCUUUAACCAACAGGAUUACUCGCAACCCGCUCCUAAUUACACCCACCAACAUCCCCAUCAAAAUCAGGCUAUGCAUAGCCAGCCACUGCAUCUCCAGAAUAACCCUACCUUUGGCUACUUCAGCCAACAGGAUCCACGACAGACCCCGACAACUCCGUAUGGAGAGAAACAAGACGCUCCCUUGAUGCUUGAGAACACGCAGUCAAUGGAUUUUGUCACCGAACGUAGUCGCGAACGGGAAACUCACCUGCGGAGCCCGAGCCCAGCAAAGCGUGGCCGCAGGUUUGCUUAG